AUGUACAAGCAGCUGCAGGCUCAGGAAGAUCCAAGUGGAGAUGCACGCAGGGUAGAAGGGCUCGUAAGGGCAGCAUCCACGAAUGCCCAGCGGUACAAUGUCUCUACAAUCGAAGGCAAAUCGGAUACACCAAACGCGAAGCGUCCAACCUACCAGCUGGCCAACGACAAGGCAUACCACGAUGACGAGUUUCUCCUACUGGCAAGACCGCUGGAGCCUGGCGCUCCCGUCCCUACGAAGAAGCGCUUCUUUACGGGUUGGCGCAUGGGCGCGCUCGCGUCGGCUACCUGCGCCAUAUUGGUGUUUAGCAUGAACCUCGCCGUCACAAUUUGGGUCUGGAAGAAUCCCGAUUACGAGCAUGAGGAUGGCGUUGGGACGUUAUUCCAAGGCAGUUGCUCUACUGUUCGGGAAUCGAACGUCUACAUCCACCUGGUUGUGAAUGUGCUUAGUACCUUACUGUUGUGCAGCUCCAACUACUGCCAACAGAUUCUUGCCGCGCCGAAUCGAGAAGAGCUGCGGCGUGCGCAUGCACGGCGAAACUGGCUGCAUAUCUGUGUUCCUAACCUCCGCAACCUAUGGCACGUUGGAUGGGAUCGCUCCGUGUUGUGGAUAUUGUUGUUUCUCUCGUCUGUACCGCUACAUUUGUUAUUCAACUCCGUUGUGUUCACAAAUCUGCAGGCAAACGAGUAUGCUGUCAUACCGACGACGCCUGAGUGGGUAAUGUCAACGCAAGACAUUUACGACACCUCUGGCUUCCUGAAUGUCAGCAUAAAUUCAACAGAAGCAAUAUCCUCAACGAUCAGGGACCAGUAUAGAUUCGACCCCUCUGAUGCGGUGGCGUUGAGAAAUGGCAGCACGACACCCAAAUACAGGAACGUCAGCACACCCGACUGUCUUGCAGCAUACGGCACGCAGUAUGUUUCAGCUGUUGGUAACUUGUAUUUGAUUCAGGAAAACCCAACGGUUCUGCGAGGCGCUGAUGACUGGGUUGGUCGACGGUAUCGGAAUGACUCUUUCGAAUGGGUACUCAAAACAGUAAUCACUAUGGAAGAAGACCGCAAGAAAGAUGAAUAUGUUAUCGAAGCUCCAAACCAAGAACUUCCGGUGACCACAUCCGCCACCUACGAAGAUCAUGUAUUGACUAGACGUGACUCAGGCGAUCCUGACGAUGAGACCGUCAUUCCACUCAAUCGAUCAGCGUGGCAGCCAUUCGAAGUACCCGUGGCCUACUGCACUAUCGAACAAGUCGAAGAGUUCUGCAAGCUGCAAUUUAGCUUUACUAUCGCGAUAGCGGUCAUCGUGGCCAACUUUGUCAAAGCGGUUUGUAUGAUACUUUUGCUUUGCCUGUAUUGGGAUCACGGCGCGCUUGUGACCAUAGGAGAUGCGAUCGCGGCAUUUCUCGAAGAUCCGGAUCCCGAAACCUACGGUCGUUGCCUACACACUAAACAAGACGUUGGUCUCCGAUGGAACUGGAACGAAUACGCUAGCAUAACGAAACUAGGACUCAGCAGUGAGCCCGCGAGGUUCACAAUGAGAAAAAGGAGAUACACCAUCAGUGCUGGGCUGGGUGGACUCUGCAUAGCACUUUCCUUGGAAGGCAUGCCGAAAGAUCCUGUAAAGCUAUGGAAGACAGGGUUUGCGACAGUCAACGGUAACAAUCUCAUGGACUUCAGCACAUCACUGAUUCCGGGCGUACUUUUGGCGAACACACCUCAACUGGUCCUCUCAUACUUGUAUAUCGCGCUAAACGCUCUCUACACAAGCAUGUUCGUGUCGGCGGAGUGGGCAAGCUACGUCAAAACACGGAAAUCGCUCCGCGUUACAUCGCCCACUGGCUUUCAACGCGACUCCUACUGGCUCAACGUACCCUUCCGCUAUGCCAUUCCUAUGACCAUCGUGUCAGGUCUCUUCCACUGGCUCGCAUCACAAAGCAUAUUCAAAGUGCAGAUCUCCAUCACAGACAUGCACACGCGCAAAGCCGCUAGCGAAGUCUCAACAUGUGGCUAUUCCCCCGUCGCGAUCAUCCUGACUACGGUCGUUGGUUUCACCAUCGCAGCUGGCGGUCUCGUCAUCAGCAGGUUCUGGUAUCCAGCUGGUAUACCUCUGGCUAGUAGCUGUUCUGCUGCUAUUAGCGCGGCGUGUCAUGCGCCGCCAGAAGAUGUGAACGCCAGUCUUUUACCGGUACAGUGGGGUGCUGUUACACAUGGGAAAGUGGGCGAGGGUGGGGAGGAGCCGAUCGGCCAUUGCUGUUUUACGAGCUUCCCGGUUGAGAUGCCUAUCCCGGGGCGGUUGUACGCAUGA